AGCCACUCAGUACACAUGCAUGUUGCUUAGCUAUUUAAUAGAGAAUAAAGCCGAUAAAAAGAAGCUGGUAAUGAAACUCAAGCAGUUGGAAUCUAGCAUGAGCUCUGGCCGGAAAAUGUUCAGGCUGGGCAAUGUGGUGCACGCCUUGGUGGCAGCCAGGAGAGCUGCAGAGCUGCCAGAGGUGGUGCCUCGCCUGUGCCUCACGGGCUCCCACCUCAGCCGGGCCCUGUACUUCGUGUGCGACGCCGCGCUCUGGCUCCGCAGCGUCGGCCUCCAGCCAAACCUCGACAAACCCAAGUGGCACACCUGGGCCACCAAGUGCUACUACUGCUCCCUGCUGAUGAACCUGGCCAGGGACUGGUAUGAGAUCUCCUGGAGGCUGGAACAGGCUGCGCUGGAAGAAAAGGCAAAGGAGAAUUGCGCCUGGCAGAGAGACGGCGAGGAGCUAAACGGCGUGAGGAGCGAUGGUUUGCACAGUUUUCUCUGCCAACUCUUUCAGAUACUGAAAAGGAAUCCUCCUUUGCUGCUGGACUUGGUGAAGAACCUCUGUGAUCUCUCAGGCCCUUUGGAUACUCUGGGAAUCUACAAGACCAACCCAGGAGUGAUUGGUUUCUGCGGCGUGCUCUCCUCCCUGGUGGGGAUCCUCACGUUAGCAAGCCCACAUCUGAAGCUGAAACAGUGACAUAAAAGGAGCUGCAU